UGAAAGUGUGAGCAAUGACGAAACUGGAGAGAUAGGGUUUUAACAAGAUGCAAGGACAAUCUGAGGACUGAGAGCCAUUUCAACGUGAGCCCCCAGCCUGAGAACAAGAAAGAAGAACUUCUGUCUUGAGGAGACUGAAGCCAAGGAUACCAGCAGAGCCAACAUUUGCUUCAAGUUCCUGGGCCUGCUGACAGCGUGCAGGAUGCUGUUGGAACCCGGCAGAGGCUGCUGUGCCCUGGCCAUCCUGCUGGCAAUUGUGGACAUCCAGUCUGGUGGAUGCAUUAACAUCACCAGCUCAGCUUCCCAGGAAGGAACGCGACUAAACUUAAUCUGUACUGUGUGGCAUAAGAAAGAAGAGGCUGAGGGGUUUGUAGUGUUUUUGUGCAAGGACAGGUCUGGAGACUGUUCUCCUGAGACCAGUUUAAAACAGCUCAGACUUAAAAGGGAUCCUGGGAUAGAUGGUGUUGGUGAAAUAUCAUCUCAGUUGAUGUUCACCAUAAGCCAAGUCACAGCGUUGCACAGUGGGACCUACCAGUGUUGUGCCAGAAGCCAGAAGUCAGGUAUCCACCUUCAGGGCCAUUUUUUCUCCAUUCUAUUCACAGAGACAGGGAACUACACAGUGACGGGAUUGAAACAAAGACAACACCUUGAGUUCAGCCAUAAUGAAGGCACUCUCAGUUCAGGCUUCCUACAAGAAAAGGUCUGGGUAAUGCUGGUCACCAGCCUUGUGGCCCUUCAAGGUAUGUCCAAAAGAGCCGUAAGCACCCCAAGCAAUGAGGGUGCUAUUAUAUUUCUGCCACCUUGGUUAUUCUCCAGGAGGAGAAGGUUGGAAAGGAUGUCCAGGGGGAGAGAAAAAUGUUACUCAAGCCCUGGCUAUCCACAGGAAAGUUCAAACCAGUUUCACUGA